AUGGAUAAUCUUUUUACAAUAAACAUAAAUCCAGACGAAAAUGUUCGCUUAAAUAUAAAUACAGAAAAGGAUCUCUUUGGGAAUCUAGAGGGGGAUAGGGAGGGCCUUACGGUGCCCCCCGAUGAGGAAUACAACGAAAACAAUAAUAACCACCCUACCGUCGAGGAAAAUGAAGUCUUAACCGUGGAAAUAGACCAAAUCAGCACAAGCGAUAGUUUCGAUAUCCUGGAAGAAUUAAGCGAAGAUCAAAUUAACGACUAUGAAAAUAUGAGGAAGAAAAUUCGAGCCCAUAUUUUGACUAGUUUUCAAAAGGAUAAUAUUUUAAUCGAAGCCCCCGAACAUUUGGAAGCAGAUCCCUCUAAGGAACAUGAUUUGGAAAGGAAUGAAAACAAAUUACUGAAAUUGAGGAAGGAUAAGAUUUAUGUUAUCGUUUCAUCUUCCUCUCAGGAGAAAAACAAAAAGAGUAGGCAAAACGAGGCCAACAGCAGAUAUUACUACGACCCAAAUGUGGUUGGUGAAGAUGCACCGACCGAUUAUGACAAUUUUUUGGAUGUCCUUCUGGGAAGGGUGGCGCCUGGGGGUGGAGUCAGCCCUCCAUCAGAAGGUGUAGUUUCUGUGAACGAAGAGAUAGAAAAAAAAGAUGCAACAGAAGUGGAUGAGGAAAGUGCUGCUGUCGAGGGGGGUGAAGAGAAUGAUGCUGUCGAGGGGGAUGAAGAGAAUGAUGCUGUCGAAGGGAGUGAAGAGAAUGAUGCUAUGGAAGGGAGUGAAGAGAACACUGCAAUCGAUGCUGGUGUAGAUGACACUGGGGUCGACUCAAAUGAUCAAGUGGAGACUGUCGAAGUAGAAGAAGAAAUCGUGCAGGAGGAGGACGCCCAUUUAGUUGUCGAAAACACCGAGGGGGAAACUCCAAAAGGGGAGAUGGAAGAAAGUGAAGAAUUAUGUGCAGAAAGUUGUAUAGAAACGUGUCAAGAAAUUUGCCCAGACGAUUCCAAGUCCAACCACGUGGUAGAGGAUUUUCGAGAAAAAAUAAAAAAUUGGCUAGUAAAAUUCCCAGACAUCAAUUCGGAAAAUUUGUUUUUCCACUUUUACUUCCAAAGUGAAUUGUAUAAAGAUAAGAAGCAUACAUGUCAGAACUGCGGAUCUAGCGAUUGCGACAGAGAGUUUACUUUCAAGCAUGUGUGUGAAAAUACAUACUGCUUCUUGUGCUAUAAGCGGGUGACUGGACCGAUGUGCCACAACACCAAGACACAAUAUGUCGCAUUCAAGGCAAAUUCAAAAAUGCUUAUAAGUGAGUUAAAAUAUAUUCAUUAUCCAUACAAAAGUAUGUCUUGCUUGAAUUGUUUCUCCAAUGACCAUUUGAAAUGUGGAAGGCCUCCGUAUGUUUACGCCAGACACACACACAAUGUUAGGAGGGAAUAUAACAACAAGCUGGAUCCAUCUUAUUUUGUGUACAUGAAAAAUCCAAGAAAUGUAUGGUUUUUACAUGAAUGCAAACCCACUGAACGGAAGGGCAACACUGACGCUAAUAAUAACAGUAAUAAUAAUAACAGUAAUAAUAAUAAUAGUAAUAAUAAUAGUGCAGUGCAAAAUGUUAACAACCAGUCCGGUCAGAGUAGCACCAGUGGCGGUAAUGCAAGUGGCUACGGGCGAAAUAACAAAAGUGGCGGCGAAAGUAGUAAAGCUACAACAAAGCAGGAACGAGUCGGCAGUGCCUCACACAUCCGCAAGAAAGGCGCAAGUAAUUUUAGCAGCAAACACAACGUGCACAUGGUACAAAACAAACAUUCAUAUGACAGUAGCAAACAUAAGGCAAUUGUCACAAGGUACUCUUCUAAGGAGAAUAUACAAAGGAACAAACAGAAGAGGAAUUUCGAUACAUACGAUGCAGGUAAUCAAAAUAAUUUCCAUUGGAAUAAUAAAAGACACAAAAAUGAUCCCGUCCAAAGCAGUAAUUACUACGAUUAUAAAAAUAAGCAACAGGUAGUUAAUGACAAACGUGAUAAUAUAAGUGACAUCUACACACACGGCCAAAAAUAUGGGAGUAGAAAUAGAGAUAGCGAACAGUACAGCAGUAAAAAUUACAAUAAGAAUAGAUACGUUCAUGAAAGUAGCAUGGGCGACUACUAUAAUAAUAAUGGUAGGGGGCAGGACAACAGAAACAGCGCUAUUAAACAUUCAGGAAGUUAUUAUAACAUUCAUAACGAGAUCAAUAAGGGCGCCAAGGGAUACACGACUGGGCAAAUUCAUAGUCCUAGGUCAAGUCCAUACAAAUACUCGAGCACCUCUAGUAGCCAUUUUAGUAAUCCAAGGGGUACUUCCGUCAUGAAGCCAAAUGUUAACUCACAUGUGAAUAAAAAUAACUUACCCAAUGUGUACAGGAGUAAUCCGAAUAAUCAGCAUACUGAUGACAAUCUCAAACGCAGCCAUGGCAGAGGAAAUCUAGGAAGUUACAGCGCUCACAACAGUAAUUUAACUCUCCACAAGUACAAUCACCCAAGUGGGAAUGCACUUGCGAACACUUUCGCUAAAACCUCCUCUAACACUUUCGCUAACACUUUCGCUAAAACCUCCUCUAACACUUUCGCUAACACUUUCGCUAACACUUUCGCUAACACUUCCUCUAACACUUUCGCUAACACUUCCUCUAACACUUUCGCUAAUACUUCCUCUAACACUUUCGCUAACACUUUCGCUAACACUUCCCCUAACACUUUCGCUAACACUUCCUCUAACACUUUCGCUAAUACUUUCGCUAACACCUCCUCUAACGCUUUCUCUAAUACUUACUCUAGCAAUUUCGCUAACACUUUCGCUAACACUUCCCCUAACACUUUCGCUAACACUUCCUCUAACACUUUCGCUAAUACUUUCGCUAACACCUCCUCUAACGCUUUCUCUAAUACUUACUCUAGCAAUUUCUCUAACAGUAGAGGUGGAAACACCUUGCACAAAAACACGUAUAGGAAUGUGCACCCCGGUAGAGGCGGUUACCGCGACUACCGAUAA